AUGGAGGCCCAGAACGGCUCCCAACAAAUGGUAGCAGCUCCUUGUUGGAGCCCUAUGUUAUUGGCUAAUCUUGGGAGGACUCAACUUGAAGCUAUUGUUACGAUACGGAAUAUUCCUAAUCCGGGUGGAUCUAUUCAAGACAUGGCUGCUUAUGUCUAUGAGAAUGAUAAAUGUGUAUUAAACUCAGUAGAGAAGGGCCUCUUCUUGAACGUGUAUCGCAAAGUAUUUGGAACCCCGUAUGUAGAAGAGCCUCAAGCUAUGUCCACGGGAUUGCAGGCUUCUUAUGAUGUCCUUAAUGAGCCUCGAGAAGAAGAUGAUGACGCACCAAAGGAAUCACCACCUUUGGAUGGUGAUUUGCCGGAGGAUGCGG